AUGGCUACUGAAAAAGGUCUUGAAAGAACUUGUCUUGUGAGCGAGAAGGACACCAAGAAGUACUCGUUGGCCCUAGACAGGAUGAGUUGGCUUCAGAAGAAUUCAGAUGAAGAGAGGCAGCAGCAGGAAGCAGAAGUUACAGGAGCUAAUCCAGCAUAUCACUGUCACAGCUACUCACAGGCCUAUGAGAACAGACAGAGGGAGCAGCAUCAAGCCAGGAGGAAGCUCUGUGUAGCAUCAGUAAUUUGCACCUUCUUCAUGAUUGCUGAGAUAACAGGGAAGUAUAUGUGUGGGCAGCUCGCCGGGAGCCUGGCCGUGGUCGGCGACGCCGCGCACCUCCUGGUGGACCUGACAAGCUUCCUGAUCAGCCUCUGCUCCCUGUGGCUCACCUCCAAACCUUCUACCAAGCAGUUCACUUUUGGGUGGCACCGAGCAGAAAUUCUGGGAGCUUUGAUGUCUAUGAUAAUAGUUUGGAUGGUGACUGGUGUGUUGACAUAUUUGGCUUGCAUGAGGCUGCUACACCCAGACUAUGAUAUUGAUGCUACAGUGAUGCUCAUUACCUCUGCUUGUGCUGUGCUCACCAACAUCCUACUAAGCCUGAUUCUGCACCAGAGUGGCCACGGGCACAGCCAUGGGGCACAAGCCAGGGAGCACACGGCAGCCCCUCUGCAAAAACCAGCUCUGAGCAAUGCCAGCCUGCAGGCAGCCUUCGUGCAUACCAUUGGAGAUCUAUUCCAGAGCAUUAGUGUGCUAAUUAGUGCACUUAUCAUCUUCUUUAAGCCACAGUACAAAAUAGCCGACCCAAUCUGCACAUUUGUGUUUUCCAUCUUUGUUUUGGCAACUACCAUCACGAUUUUAAGGGAUAUUUUAACUAUCUUAAUGGAAGGAACAUCAAAAGGAUUUGCUUAUGAUGCUGUAAAAGCAAGAAUUUUAACAGUUGAAAAAGUGGACUCUGUUCACGACCUUCAUCUUUGGUCUCUGACAAUGAAUCAAACUGCUCUCUCUGCUCACAUUGCCACAGCAGACUCAGCAGACAGCCAGAAGAUUUUGAGAGAUGUUACCCAAGCCCUGUUUGAGCACUACAGCUUCCACUCCAUCACCAUUCAGAUUGAAUCAGGGGAGGAUCAAAAACCAGACUGUGUCUUCUGCCAAGAGCCCAGGGAUUAA